UGUUGUCAUUGCUGAAGCCAGUAUCUCUCUGACUGACAGUGUCGUAAAAUUAACAAAGAUAACCGGUAGAGUUUGCUUGAUCCGAGUCUGCUUUUGUUCGGAUCGUACUUCGUUCCCAGGACGUUGCAUGCAUCCUCUAACAGCAGAUGGUGUCAACGACGUGUCGAAAACCAUUAGGAUAAACUUUGUUUUUACAGUUGAUGUUGUAAUUUGUCAAGAUAAGACAUGACGAACUGCUCUGCUCCAAGAUUGGCGUCACGACCGCAAUGGCUCUGGACGUGGAAACGUGUGGCUUUAUCGUGCGUUCUAGCUUCAAUACUUCUACCUAUUGUAGUGCCCAGAACUGUAUACCUCAUUCAUCAUCCGGACGCACCGAUCCCUUCGGAAAUUUCAGACUCAUCGAUCGAGGACAAUAAUGAAACAGAGACUCCGGGACGCUUUGUCGAGAGGGACGAAUGGGGUGCACGGCCGCCUUCGAAACCCAUAAAAAAAAUAAAGCUGCCAGUACCAUAUGUAAUUAUUAGUCACACCGCGACGGAUUUCUGUACCACGCAAUCGCAGUGUACAUUCCACGUCAGAUUUCUUCAGAUUUUCCAUAUUGAAUCUGGAAUGUUGUCGGAUAUCGCCUACAAUUUCCUCGUCGGCGGCGACGGCCUCGCAUACGUUGGCAGAAGCUGGGAUUAUGUCGGUGCCUAUUCUAUCAGUUUCAACAGCAAGAGUAUCGGUAUUUCCUUCAUAGGUACAUUCAAUUCGGUUGUACCGCCCGAACCGCAAUUACGUGCCGCGCAAAAGAUCAUAGAGCUCGGCGUCGAAGCUGGAAAGAUUGCGCCCGACUAUAAACUGUUAGGUCACCGACAAAUUUCAAAAACUCUGAGUCCUGGAAAUGCCUUAUAUAAUGAAAUUAAAAACUGGCCCCAUUGGUCACUCCAGCCCUGACUCGAUAACUUGAAAGUUCAACUUGUGAAUGAAAUACAAUGUCUAAAAAUAUUCACUUUUCUUUUUUUCCUUUAAAUCUGUAGUUGCCAUCUGUUUAUAUAGAUAAUUCCCACAAGAUAACAGUUUACUGAAAAUAUUAAAUAUUUAGAACAAUUAGUGAAUAGAGGAAAGAAAUAUCAUAUAUAUAAAAAAUAUUGAAUGUUGAAGGUACAAAAGGUUUGACAUUUUAUGGUCAAACUUCAUAAUAAAAUUGAUAAUUAUGCAAUUAAUCAUGUAAUUAACUCCGACCUGUAUCAAUAUAACUAUAACUAUCGAAAUAUAUAUUCCGAGAAAUGAUUUUACCGGUGCUUCAAUCGCUUUCGCGAUUAAAUUUUCAGAAGUCAUCACGGGAGGUAAAUCUCGAUUAUACUUGUAUACUUACAUACAUACACUGAUGGAAAUAGAAAAGAGAACAUCUAGAACAUUUUAUCCCUAUAAUAUCCGAUAACGCUGUGUUUAUUUGUACGGUCGAGCACGAUGCAUAAUAAAAAAGACAAGAUCGUACAACAUUAUCUAAAUCUUUAUUGAGAGUACUUUACAGGUACCUUAAUAGUGGAUAUAUCUGCCCUUCAUGGUGUUUUUUUUUCCAUUUCCACCAGUGUAUGUAAUAAUUUUUAACAAAGUAUAUGAAACAUGUGUAUAAAUAUAUCUUUAACCGUUAUUACAUAUACAUAUGUAAAAUAUACAUACAAUAUCAAAAUGCAAAUAAGUUUUAAUCUCGGCUCAAUAGCUUCCAAACCGAAAUUAUUGGAAGUCUUUUGAGUUUCGUAUAUGAAUAUAUAACUAUGUUAUAAGCAAAUAAAACGAACAUAUUAUUUA